GAUCGGAAGCAGAAGCGAACCGGAAGCGCCGCCGCCGCCGCCACUCUUGCCCGCCCUCUGGCGCUGCGCUUGUCUCCUCCUUCUUCUCCGCGGUGCGCGCGGCCGAAGGUCGCCGGGAGUCGGGAGCGCGCGGGCGGGAGCGCGCGGUCGGUCGGUCGGACCGGGUUAGUACGGCCUUGACGGGGCCGAGCGGCCGAGCAAAGGGCCCCUCCCUUUCCUUCUCCCCUGUCCAUCUUCCCCUUUAAAUCCCCGCCACGGGGGCCUAGACCGGAGCAUGGAGCCUCCUCCGCUGCCCACGCCUGGGAGGAAGGAGCAGCAGCAGCUGAAGAGCCUUCGCGUAUCCUUCUCCAGCUGGGUUGGAGGCGUCGGGCAAGGCCGAAUGUCACAAGGGUUGGGGUCGCUUUGGCGGGGGUUGGACUAGAUGACCCCCUGGGGUCCCCUUCUAACUCUACUGUGAUUCUGUGUGGGGACUUGCAGGUUAAGAUUUGGGGGCUGGUUCUGGGGGUUGCAAGGGAUGGGGGCCUGGGACGGGCUUUGAAACGGGGGUAGGUGGGUGGGAGGGAUUUGGCAGGUAGGGGGAGCCACAGUGUUAGAGCCCAGAGCUUCCCGAGAGGGCCCCUUCCCCCUUGUUGCCCGGCAGCCUUUUCGCUCCGCUGCGUUUCUGCUUGGAGAUAGGAGACCUGCGCGGGGGGGUGUUGUUCCCUCGGACGUUUGUUUUUAGCAUGUUAGCCCGAGAUGACUUUAAAGGGCAGCUUCGUGGAGAAGCGAGCCUUAAAUUGACCGCCCUCGGCUGCACGUUGCAAGACAGUGUAUCUCUCUAGAGAGUAGGAUGCUUCCAAAGUGUUUUGUUUUCCUUCUCACCGUCAUGGUUGGAAACAAGAUGCCAGGAUGGUUGCUCUGACCCAGAAAUACACUUUUUUUUGCACUUGCUGCUUUCUCCAUGUCAAAUCUUGAUUAAUCAUGGAAUUGUAAAGUUGGAAGGGACCACCUAGGGUCAUCUAGUCCAACCCCCUGCAAUGCAGGAAACUCAACUAGAUCAUACAUGACAGGCCCAGAGAAGCAGGCCAGACUGGUUUGUUGUUUGUUUUCUGGCUCAGCCCUGGGAGUUGUUUUAAGAAUUGGAUGAUGUUAUUAAAGUUGUAAAUGAGAUAAGGGACAUGUGUGGAGUGUUUUAUCUCAGCCAUUUUGAAUGACCAUCACCUGCUAUCUGCAGUAGGACACAAAUUAUGGGCAUGGCAUACUUUCCAGCCAGCACAGGUUUGGUCUCUGAGACAAGCUUUAGGCUACACUCCUUUCUUGUGCCUCUUUUUCAUAGCAAUUAAACUGGGUGGGAGGAGGGUUCAUUGAUGAAGGAUGAAACUGGCACAGAGCAGUGCGGAGGGCUACCAACAUCACAGCUUCAGAAAGAGGGAUUCAUUUGGUUGUGUAAUGGGUAAUGGGGUUGAAUAUGAAUUGAAUAUGAUUAUGGGAAAAUGUGUGGCUGGCAGCACACUGAAUUGUUUGGGACGAUAGGAUUUUACACGGGCUUUUUUCUGUACCACCUUCCCUCUUUUCCUUAGCUUGUUCUCAGGGUGUGGAGGUAAAGGGAGGCCAGAAAGUGCCAUGUGAACUGAGCCUGUCACAGUGCGGUGAAGAAUAUGUGUAAGUUGCCACUGGAGUUUGAAGAUUUCUACCCCACACAUUCAUUUGUACUCUGUAGACUGGGGCAGGAGGCAGCUCCUUCCAUGGCUCCCCUGGUAAUCUCCUGGGACUGGCCUUGGAUAUUUUAAGAACAAGGUUCUGAGCAGGACUUGGACAUCUCCCUGUGUCUCCAGAUGUUCAUUGCCCCCUGGCCUUUUCAUGGCUAAAAUGCCAGUCAAGUCAUAUCAACACUAUAUUUCACUUUGGGAGAUGGCAGUUUAUGAUUAUCGGUGCUAACUCAGAAAUAGUACCUCGGGCUAAGAACUUUGCUUCAGGAUGGGAACAGAAAUCGUGCUCCAGCAGCGCAGCAGCAGGAGGAGGCCCCAUUAGCUAAAGUGGUGCUUCAGGUUAAGAAUAGUUUCAGGUUAAGAACAGACCUCCAAAACAAAUUAAGUACUUAACCCGAGGUACCACUGUAUCCUUAUUCUGACAAUGUAGUGGGCAGAGGGAAAGUUGCAGACAUGGCAGACUUUGGCUCACAUCCUAUUCAGCUAUGGGGCUUGCUCAGUGGCUUUUCCUUGCCAAAUUACUGUGAAGAGACACAAAUUCUCCAAUCUUAAAAUUACUGGACUCUCAGAACCCUGUUGAGAUGAGAGAUUUACAGCCCAAUCACACACAUUUAGUCUGAAAUGUUCAUUGGCGUUUACCCACAGGAAGGAGCGUAGGUUUGCUGUCCUACUCGCUUGCUCAGGGCUACCCUAUGGGGUUUCUGGCUGAGCAACAACAACAAAAAACAACUGCCCAAAAAACCCUGGCUGUGUACUUGAAGGGAUACCCUUUUGGAUGCAUGUGCUGCUAUUUCAUGCCUAAAUUCAACCCCAACUUAGUCCUUUGUUCUGAUAGCUAUAACUAGGUGGAUCUUUCAACACAGGAGUGUGGAACCUCAGGCCCAGGGGCCAAAUGUGGCCCUCCAGGCUUCUUUGCCUGGCCCUUGGAACUUUCCCUAAGCUACUCCCCUCACUGGCCCUGCUGUGUACUCCAAGUGUUUUGAGUUCUUGCUUGCCUGGAUGGAGGAUAACAAAGGUUAUUUGUGGGAACUAUCAUGUACAAAGGUGAAAUUUACCUUCAUUGCUGGGCUUUCUUUUGCCUCUGGUCCUGCCCAGCACUGGCAUGUUGCUCUUGGAAGGUUGCCUAGGAAGGAGUAUGGCUCUCAGAAUGAUAAAGAAAUAGAGAUUUCUCACAGCACUUCCCCAUAUCCCUUUCAUCUUGUUCCAGUUUCACUAUCCGUUCCCAGGAAGACCCCAGUGUUCAAGAGAGGAUUCCCAUCAACAGCCGUUUUAAGUGUGUGCAAGGUAUCCAGCCUCUCUUGUCUCUUCUGUUGUGGGAAUUUGUUGCUUCCUUGUAGCAAGGUGGUGGGAAAACAAUGCCCCACCCCCAAAGCCACAAAUGGAAACCAUGCCUCUGUAACUACGCUUUCCAGACUGGAGUGCAGGCAUGAAUGCAGAUCCCUGUUGGUGCAUAAGAAUAACUGUACAGCCCCUGGUGGUGUGUUGUUCAGGUGUCUCCAAUAAUGGAAUUGACUUCAGACCAUGCUUUGGAUGUUGUUCCUCGGUGCUAAACCUUUGCAGAUCUCAGCUCUGGUUUCCAUGAAACAGGAGAUGUGCUCUGGUAUCUCCAUUACAGAGGCCCAGAUCAUGGUGCUUUGCUCCUCUGACAGCACUUGACUUUUCUUUAUGGCUAGGCGAGGAGAGAUGUUCCUAUUGAGGGCCUUCUAGAAUGGUCCUUUCUAAUUCUUGAUCCGUUCUAAUUCUCUUCCAGAGGCUGAAGAAACUCUACUGAUUGACAUAACAGCAAACAGUGAGUCUCCCUUGACCAGAGUGCUGUCAGGAAUAGAUAUUGCCUGUCACUGACAUGUCAUCUUUCCCUCUUGACUCAUCAUUCUUGUUCCUGCUUGUCUCUCCUUCCUGACCCUGAUGUCUGGAUGUUGUGGCCCCCCCCCAAAAAAGUCAGACUGCUGCUGGGGUGAAAGGCUUUUUUUAUUCUAUCCUCUGCCUUCAUGCUGCUUUACAGAGUCAGGACUAGAUCAGUGCCCUGAGAAGCUCACAGUGGAGGAUGAGGAAAGCUGGGAAAAAGCAUUCAGUCUAGUUACAUGUACAGUUUUAGUAAAGGAUGGGAAUUAAAGAUUGUACUAGACACUUCCUGGAACAUACAGGGUUUGAUGAGGGUUUUCAAUGAUAAGUUCUUUGGGAGACAGUUGCAGGCAUGAGAAGGAACAGAGCUGCCUUAUGCAAAGUCAUCACAUUGGACCAUCUAGCUUGGUAAUGUCCACGCUGACUGGCAGCAGCUCUCCACUUCCUGGAGAUGCUGGGGAUUGAACUUGGGAUCUUCUGCAUGCAAAGCACAUGCAGCCACAGGAUUUAAUAUUGCUGGAAACCUUCUGACGUUUAAGAGUGGUAGAGCUGGAGGAGGGAAUGUCACAGGCAGGGAUGUAUCACGAUAUGAGAUCAGAGACAAGAGUUUUGAAGAUGGCUGAGAAAGCCACCAGAGAACUGCAGCCAGUGUCUUCAGCACUUCCCUUGGGGUCCAGAAUUCUUAAAAACACAGGUGUUCAUUCACAAAAUGCACCUGUUUCUAAGGAUUCCAGCACAUGGAAACUGAGAAUUAGAAUAGACACUAUUCUGUGAGGUGUCCAAGAUGUUAAAAGCAUUCCUUGAUCUCUCUCCAGAUAGAUAUAGAUAACAUAGUUCUUGCACGGUGGUUGCUUGUACAUAACUCACAAGUGUGUGCCCACUUCUCUUAAAAGUAACUAGGAAUAUUGGCCCAUCACUAUAUCUUAAUGGUGAAUUCUCAAGAGCCUGCCAACUAUGCAGGCAAUAGCUAUUUGCCUCCCUGUUGCUAGUGGCAUCUCCUAUUGACCAUGGGGUUGGGGCAGGGGUUGUGUUGCUUGCUGCCCACUCCAUUUUCAGGAAAAGUGUGCCUCUCUUGCAGAUAACUGCUUAGGAUGCUGGGAGACAGUGGAAGGUUGAGGGUUUGGCCUUGUCCAUCUAAAGCAGGGGAGGGGAACUUCUGGCCUUUCAGUUCUUGCUGGACUACAACUCCCAUAAUUCCUGGCCAUUGUCCAUGCUGGCUGGGGCUGAUGGGAGUUGGGGUCCCACAACAUCAGAGGGGUGCAAGGUUCCCCAUUUUGUUUCAGUGUGUCCCAACUUUUCUCCUUUUUGUUGUCCACUGUAUAUUGAUUUAACUGCCAUAAAUAGUGGCUUCCAGAGUGUGUAAUGUGGUCCCUUCUAGCCAACAGACAUUCAUGUUAGCCUAUAGCAGAGUUGGGCAACCUCCAGCCUGUGGGCCACUUGUAGCCUUGGCCUGAUUUUAUAAGGGUCACAAGCAGGGUUGGUAAAAAUCAAUGGGGUUUUUUUUAAAAAAAAACCAAAACGGAUUUCUUAAAAUUUAAGUCAGAUUUUUAAAAUAAAAUGCUUUUGGAGGAAAAAUAUUUCUAAAGAUAGUUUUCUAUUUAAGUUACAUUAUAGUCCAAAGGCUAUUCAUCAGGAAAUAAGGAUUUGUUUUAAGUUUUUCAUGUGUGCUAAAACUCAGUUUUUUUAAAAAAAAAUCGUUUAAGCGCAUCAGUUAACAAACAUGGAUACAUAUGCUAUAAAGUUACUGUUUUAGUUAAAUAAAUUGUUUAAAUUGUUAUUAAGGAAAUGAUUAUUUUUCUCCUUCCAAUAAAGUACAGCAGAAAAGUUGCCCAAAUAUAAACAGUUAACUUAUUAAACCUCACAAUAAUUUCAUAGUUAUCUGUCUAUGUAUUUCUAAUAGUAUAACCAAAUCAGUAAUUUUUGAGAUAACUGUAAAAAGUACUUUGAAAAUUUAUUGUUCCAAAAAUGAAACCUUCAUCAGGUUGUAAAUAUGCAAGAAUGAGUCUUUCUGUAAAAAAAAUGAUUUAAAUCAGGUCUUACUGACUAGUGAUUUGAAUCAGGUCUUACAGACUAGUGACUUAAAUCGUGAUUUAAAUUGAUUUGAUUUAAAUCAAAUCUACCAUGGUCACAAGGAAAGGGCAAUGAGGUGAAGAAUGGCAGAAAGCAGCAGUGACUGGCACCCACUGGGAUUGGUGGAGCCAGAGCCAGUAAUAGGCUGAGCCAACUACUGUAUUUUUUGCUCUAUAAGACGCACCAGACCACAAGACGCACCUAGUUUUUGGAGGAGGAAAACAAGGGAAAAAAUAUUCUGAAUCUCAGAAGCCAGAACAAGAAGAGGGAUCGCUGCGCAGUGAAAGCAGCAAUCCCUCUUGCUGUUCUGGCUUCUGGGGUAGCUACGCAGCCUGCAUUCACUCCAUAAGACGCACACACAUUUCCCCUUAUUUUUUAGGAGGGAAAAAGUGAGUCUUAGAGCAAAAAAUAUGGUAAUUCUAGCUUUACCCCCAUCCUCCUCUGUGCUGUGUCUCAGGGAGCACUGAGACUAAGGAGGAGGAAUCUAACAGGCAGGGCCACCCACAGGACUGUAAGUUAGAAGGCAGGCAGGUAGAGGCUGGCUGAGCACAGACUGAGGUUGGUGGGGUACAGCCUCACUUGCCCUCGUGGAGCAGCUUCCACUGGCAGGGAGGAAAGGUGGUGUCCUUUCCAGUUUGGGCACUUGGCUUUCCCACCGUCCACAUCAAGAUUCCCCCUCCCCACUCCCUCGCUGCCCUGGAAAUGCAACAGGGAGUAGGCAACUAUUUUUAAAUGUACCAUAUUUUUCCGUCUAUAAGACGCUACCAUGUAUAAGGUAAAAGGUAAAGGGACCCCUGACCAUUAGGUCCAGUCGUGACCGACUCUGGGGUUGCGGCGCUCAUCUCGCUUUAUUGGCCGAGGGAGCUGGUGUUUGUCCGCAGACAGCUUCCGGGUCAUGUGGCCAGCAUGACUAAGCUGCUUCUGGCGAACCGGAGCAGCGCACGGAAACACUGUUUACCUUCCCGCCAGAGUGGUACCUAUUUAUCUACUUGCACUUUGACGUGCUUUCGAACUGCUAGGUUGGCAGGAGCAGGGACCGAGCAACGGGAGCUCACCCCCUCGCGGGGAUUCGAACCACCAACCUUCUGAUCGGCAAGUCCUAGGCUCUGUGGUUUAACCCACAGCACCACCUGCGUCCCCCCCAUGUAUAGGACACCCCCUAUUUUGGGGCACUCAGAUUUAAGAAAAUGGGGCAAAAUGGCCCCGUGUAUAAGACUCCGCCUAAUUUUUGACAUUUUUUUUUUUAGGGGAAAAACGUAGUCUUAUAUACGGAAAAAUACGGUACCUUAUUUCAGAACUUUUAUUCUACAAAAUGUGAUCUUCCUCAGUUCCUUUAUAACUUCUUAGUAGAGUGUUUAAUGCUCUCCGUUGUGUUUCAUUUCAAGGUUUUGCUGCUGUUUUUAUUUUCAUUUACUGUAGUAUAAAAGCAGUAACUUUUGAAGUGUGUCAGGUUCCUGUGAACCUGAUCAGUGUCUAGAAGUUCAUGUAUCUUCAGAUGUGGCUGCUUCUCAGCUUCAAGUCCACUCAAUUACAGUGCAGUCUCGCUAUAUCUCUUGUCUUUUCUAAUGCACUUCCUGUAUGAGCCAAAGCAAGAAUAUUCUGCUCAUUCACUGUGUGUGCCUGAAAGUUCAUCCUUGGAUUAAGUAAUGAAUAUGACAAGUCAAACUUUACAGCACAAUUGUUCCUCAAGCUGUUUCUUCAUUUUUGUUGUCUGUUUAUUGUCAUCCCUCUUUUUAAACAUUGGGGGCAUUUUCCGUGUUCUGCCUUAUCAGUGUUGUGCCCUGUUUCCUGACAUGUGCUUUUCCUGUGUGUGCUUCAAGCUGGCUGCAAGAUCCGAGUGCAGGGUGAUUGGACAGCAGAACAUCUCUUUGAGAUCCCAGAUGAGGAGCAGUGUUUGGGAUUCCUCGCUGAGGUUCUGAGAAUCCAAGAAGGUGAGCAACUCCCAUGCCCUGUCUCUGAUGUUUGAUGUUGGAGAUGGCCUAGUCUCUCACAUGAGUGUUGUUGUUGAUUUUUGUUGUAGUCCCGCGAAACACUUCUUUCCCUGAUCUUGUGGAUCAUACCUCCUGGCACCAAGUGAAAGGUCUCACAGGGCCAGUAGAUCCCCCUUCUGCAGGUACAACCACACCAACAUGUAACUUGUGUGAUUUCUGCUUGGAAUUUUUAAGUACUUUCCUUUAGAGGAAAGGCCUUGAGGGGAGGACCUGUUGCCUCCACAACCCUUCCUAAACAUGCAUAAGCUGAGAGGCAAUUGUCCGACAAAUGUGGUGCUGUGGGGGAGGCAGUAUCAUUUUCCUGCAGUUAAGUAUUUUCUAAGUUCCUUUCCCGAAACUUCCCCAAAUGGUUCUGAAGCCUCUCUAACCUCAGAAGUCUUUUCUUCUCUCAGGAAUUCUGGGAUUUGAGGAUAACUUCAGUGUUAUGAGUAUGGAGAAGAAAAGAAACCUGCAGAAUCAGCAAAUGAGCGCCCGCCGGGAGCCUCCACCCCCACCGCUGCCACCAAGCAGGCCGUAAGUUGCCUUAGAGUUGUACUAUGCCCUCCCGCCUCCUUGGUUUUAAGGGCUACUUGAGUUCUGUUCCCAUCUCCCUUAGGCGUAUCCGUGACAAGGACAGCAUGAGCAAGGAGCAACCCAAAGUGACCAACACUAUGCGCAAGCUCUUUGUGCCUUCCACACAUACACAGUCCGGACAGAGAGAGGGACUCAUCAAGCACGUUCUUGCCAAGAGAGAGAAGGAAUAUGUCAACAUCCAGAAUUUCAGGUCAGAUCAUGAAAAGUGCAAACACCAGUGGAAACUGUUAUCAUAGUUGGGGUUGGAGAAAGCGACAUCUACAUGACAGCUUUAUUGUUGGGUGCCAGGCAAAGUCUGUCCUGUUCACUCAGGCCACAUGGGUGGGUAAUUUAAAGUAUUAGUUGUGGUGGGCAAUUUUCCUUGGUGCCACAUACUGAACCGUGGCUUCAUAUUAUGAGCAGGACAGCAGCCUCUCCUCCAGGUUUGCACACUUCUCCCCCACCCCGAGCCUAUUUGGAAGCUUCCACUUGUAUUUUAAAGUAACCACAGUUUGGUGUGUCCAGAUCCUAUAGUGGUUAAUUUAGCAGCUUUGUAAACCCAUGAUUUGAAGUUGGCUUGUUUCAAUGAGCCAUAGUUAAAAUUAAGUGGUUGUAUAGCUUCAGACUUUGUAACAAGAUGCAGUUAAUCCAAAACUGAAGCAAAACCUUUGGAACUCUUCCUAAAAGCUGUGCUUGAGGACAAGGAGGUGUUUGACCCCAACCCUGACUCCCAACACUUGGUCAUCCUGAUAAUGCUAAGCUUACUACUUGAAAGAAAGUUUUUGCUUCGGUUAUUUCCUUGUACUGUUAGUAGUACCCAGCUGCAACUGGUUUUUAAUGGCUGCUUUUAUCAUAGGUUUAUCAGUAUGUGGUUAGCAGCUUUAGAUCCUACUGUUUUACAGAGGCUGUUUUGCUCUUUUUUCCCCUUUACUAGACAGGCUGUAUUUCUGUGCUGUCUUCAGAGUCGGGAAUGCCCAUUCCUUCAUGGCCAGCAUGGAAACACAGGUUGCUAGCCAUUUAGGAGGUUUCCAUAGAGGAAAAGGGUGUUACAGGGUAAUCUUCUACCAAACAAGCUUGGCACAGCAGAUCUGACAGGUGGUUUUCUGCUCCCUGAAAGCCAGCCUGCAAACCAGGUUGCCAGGUGAAGGAAGAAUGGAGAGAUCAACCAACUCACUUGCCUUCAGAGAAUUUCUGGUUGCCUGUGGCAACUGGGAUAGUGCUUAAAUAUCAGGCUGGCUGACACAUCUUAAAAAAUACAAGGAAAAAGCUUUUUUCUUUCAUUAGCAAAGCUCAUUUGGGGCCCAGAAUAGCUAAAUUGAGGAAGAAGUGGCUGGUAUUACUUGUUCUUGGUCCUUAUCCUGCCUGCCCUUGUAAUCCUACCUGCCACACACUCCUGUUGUCUUUGCAUAUUUAACCAGCAAGUCUGUUCAGAUUGGAGUCCUAUUCCUGCAGCUCCACAUCCUUCUCUUCCUUGCAGGUUUUUUGUGGGGACAUGGAAUGUGAAUGGGCAGUCUCCAGACAGUGGAUUGGAACCUUGGCUGAACUGUGAUUCAGAACCCCCAGAUAUCUACUGCAUUGGGUGAGCAGACAUAAUAGCUUUUCAGACACCCCUCUCUCAGUCUUUGUUUCCCCACAGUUGCUUUCUAAACUGAGGUCCUGUUGUGGGAAGGCUUUCGCUUUAAUCUUGGAACAAAAUAGGAGAAUCCCGAGGAUUUGUAUCUUUUAGCCAGGAAGCAAAGUUCUGCCAUAAUGAACGUGGCAGUGCCAUCCUUUCACCCUGUGGGCAGUGGAUUACAGCAGCAUCAAUGAUAGCCAGAGGCCUAGGAGGCUCUGGGGGAAGGAUGGCUUAGUGCUAGGGAUGUGUAUUGUAUCUGAUGGCACUUUGGCAUUAGGUUCCAGGAGCUGGACCUGAGCACAGAAGCUUUCUUCUACUUUGACUCGACAAAGGAGCAAGAGUGGCUGACAGCUGUGGAAAAGGCUCUGCAUUCUAAAUCCAAGUACAAGAAAGUAAGUGCAACCCCACCCAUUUCUUCAGCAGCCAGACAGCUGUCAGUGAGGAGGAGGAGGAGGAGGUCAGGAAUAAAAAACACCUGGUGUCAGUGGUGUUUUAUUCAAAAGAAGCCAAAAUUCUUUAUUCAAAGAAACUAAAACCGUGCAGGCCUAGUGAUCACAGAAACCUUUCCCAACAGGUCUUGCCCCAGUGAGGUAGUUGUGAAGGCUGAAGGUUGCUACCUUCCCACCACUCUCUUAAGUCUCCUCCUCCUCCCGGUCCUUCCCAAGCAACCUGAGACUCUGACACCUUGCCUGUCUUUGCUCCAUCCUCUUAAUUUCUCUCUGUGUUCUGGGAGACCAGCAGGGAGGGGAGCUGAUUGCAGCAGGAUGGGGAGAUCCCCUGGCUUCUUCAGCAGCCUGCCUGAUCUCUGCCUCUUGACUCCAGCCUCCACUUCUGCCUCUGAUUCUGGACUGCUGUCUGCCACAGAAUCUUCCUGCCCUCUUGCCUCUUCAGUUUCCAACACCUCCUCUUGCUCACAGUCUGCUCCCUCUUCUCCCUCUGACAACUCAUCGUCGUCCCCCCACCAGUUCCCUGGCUUUGAGCCUUCUUCCCUUGGGGGAUCCCCAGUUGAUGCCACCCACCACUCCUAUCUGCAGCCAGCCAGCCCAUGACAGCAAGCAAUGCACAAAUCUGGUAGACAUCCCAGUACCUUGCAUCUUCUAGGUGCAGCUGGUGCGUCUAGUUGGAAUGAUGCUGCUCAUCUUUGUCAGGAAGGACCAGCUUAGCCACAUCAAGGAAGUGAUGACGGAGACAGUGGGCACAGGCAUCAUGGGGAAGAUGGUGAGUAGACCCUGACAGCGGAAUUCCCUACGUCUACCUUUCUAUCUGUCUAUAUGUUUUUAUAAUCUCUGCCAACCAGUUUCCCCCUCUUUGCCGCUUGCUCGCUAACAGCCAUCUUUGCUCCGCCCCUGCAGGGUAAUAAGGGGGGUGUGGCCGUGAGGUUUGUCUUCCACAAUACCAGCUUCUGCAUUGUCAAUUCCCACCUUGCUGCCCACGUGGAAGACUUCGAGCGCCGAAACCAGGAUUACAAGGAUAUCUGUGCCCGGAUGAGCUUCCUGCCCCCUGACCAGGGUCUGCCGCAGCUGACAAUCAUGAAACACGAGUGCGUUUCGAGGGCUUGGAGGGAGAGAGCCUUGGCUGACGUAACUUGUUGGUCUCCGCUAUCUGGAGAAGCAAAUUGAGUCACGUUUCUGUAACUUUCCUGCAUGUGUGUAGCUCAAGGGUAGGCAGCAUAGUGCUCUCCAAAUGCUGAUGGACUACAACUCCCAUAAUCGCUAAGAAUUGGCCUUGCCGACUGGGGCUCAUGAGAGUUCCACUUCAGCAACACCAGAAGGGUGCAGUGUCAGUGAUCCCUGCUGCCGCUGCACUACUAAGGUUUCUACUAGAGCAGACAGAAGUGCCCAGAAUUGUAGGCUUCUGCUUCAUUCAGGGCAGGCAGAUAUUAAACAUCUUUGGAAGCGAGUGCUGGGCUUCAUUCAUUAAUUUCUGUUUAUUGUGGGGAUUUCUUCCGCAGAGUGGCUUAUAUAAAAUAAUAAUCAGAAAUGCACCUCAAGAUAAUUUAAAUCAUAUAAACAGUACCUUAAUAGCAGCAGAUCUAAAUAGAGCAACAUAAACCUAGUGGCAGAGAUGUAUUAGAUUAGAUUAUAGCAAAUGUGGGCAACUUCUCCAAUGAUCGGGGUAGGAGUUGCAGUUUGUUAAGGGCAGUAGCGCAAAAGCAGAGUUGCCAUUUUGCAUGGAGAAGGUUCCAGGCUCAAUCACCAGUGUGUGCAGAUAGGGCUGGGAAUGAUCUCUGCCUGGAAGCUGCUGCCAGUCCAUGUAGUCAGUCCUGAGCUUGAUGGGUCAAUGGUGUGCCUCAAUAUAAGAUAGCUUCCUAUGUUCCUGUGUACUACAGCAGUGUUUGGAGGGCCACAAGCACCUACCCAUGAAUUAAAGAACCAGGGGAAAUUUUAAAAGUCUUUGCUGAAAGGACAUCAAAGCAGGGGCCAGGUGAGCCUCUUUGGGAAGAUUAUUCUAAAAGGCAGGGUGCCAUUACUGAAAAGGCCCUGUCAUACUUGAAAGAGCAGGAGUUCCCUGGGAAAGAUUCUAGUCAGGGGAGAGGCAGUGCAAAAAUAAGUGGGCUUUCUUCUGGUACCCUUUUCCCAAACCUUGAAACGCUUUAAAGGCCAAAAGGGAUACUCUGAAUUGGGCCUGGAACCAGUUCAAAAGCCAGUGUAGUUCACAGAGCACUAGCCUAAUAUGAUCAUUCUGCCCAAUCCUAGUUAACCCCCCCCCUCGUGAGCUUGCCUGUAGCUGUGGUUUUUUCGCUUUUUUCCAGCAUUGUCAUCUGGUUGGGUGAUCUGAACUACAGGCUUUGCCUUCCUGAUGCCAACGAAGUGAAAACUCUGAUCACUAAAAAUGAGCUUCAGAGACUUCUGACCUAUGACCAGGUGAGAGACAUACUUGUGUUAUAUGUGGUGGUUUAGGAUAUUGCCCUGUUUAUUUCCUAUGUCUGGGAUACCCCAGCCUAGACUAGAGAAACCACUUUCAGACUGUUAGGAGCAAAGUGUAGCUAUAACAUAGAAUGACUGCGACUUCUACAAAUGCUUUGUAAGCUUGCAGUUUUGUGCAACCUUAAUUAGAAGCAAGUCCCAAUUAAGUUGGAUGGUUGCCUUGGAAUUUGCGUAAGUAGGACUUAUUACCCAGUUAAAGGGCUUUCCUAGGUCAGCGCACUCUCCAGAUGUUGUUGGACUCCCAUCAGCUCCAGCAUGUCCGUGGCCAAUGGUCAGGGACAGCGAUAGCUGCUGUCCAGCAAUAGCUAAAGGUCUAAGGUUUCCUGCUCUAGGUUUUGCAUCUAUCUGGAAAAUCUGCAUUACUCACAUCUUAUCAGCAGUUACUUCCAUUAAAUCAAAUUAAAUUGCUGAUGCUUUUCGUUUUUAAUUUUUUCUUCCAAGGUUUGUGUGUUCGUAACGCUUACGACCUUUCUCCCACUUGGCAUAAGGACCAUUGCUAUUUUGUGUUGAAACAGAGGCCUGAUUGCUGCAUCUUAUGGUGGAUUUAAGUCCUGUGAGCGUAGUCAUGCCUUAGCCCUUUUAGAAGGAUGCUGCACUGCUACAAGGCAAGGGUGGGCAGCCUCAGACUUCCAACAUACGCAAAACCGUAAUAAAACAUUAAUAACUUCCCUAAUGGUUGUAUAGUUACUUAUCUCCUUGACAUCUGACGGGAGGGCGUCCCACAGGGCAGGUGCCACUACUCAGAAGGCUCUCUGCCUGGUUCCCUGUAACCUCACUUUUUGCAGUGAGGGAACUGCCAAAAGGACCUCGGUGCUGGACCUUAGUGUCUGGGCUGAACAAUGGGGGUGGAGAUGCUCUUUCAGGUACAUACUGGGCUGAGGCUGUUUAGGACUUUUUUUCAAAAAAAAAGUAUUAGUUUUCACAACAUUAUAAACAAACAAACAAAUAAAUACAUAAGACAAACAGACAUAAAUCAUAGCCUUAUUGAAAAUUACAUUUAUUAACAUUGUUAAGUGACUUCCUCACUUCCCCUUGGUUGAAUUUCAUUGCAUAUCCUUUUAACGGUUUUCCAAAUCACAGUUCUUAUAAAAUUUGACUUAAACAUUAACAACCUUAGAUCUUCGCAUUAUGAAAUUAAACAUAUUAAUUCAUCACUUAACAUAAAUAAAAUCCUAAGCCAAUUAAGUAUCUGCAAGCUGUUUUCAGUUAAUUUAACUUAAGUAAAUCAUUAAAUUUAAUCCACUCUUCCUGAUACUCCUCCUCCUUCUGUUCGCGGACUCUUCUGGUUAGGUCGGCUAGCUCCCAAAAAUCCAUCAUCUUCAUCUGCCAUUCUUCUAUUGUUGGUAAUUCUUGGGUUUUCCACUGUUUAGCUAACAAAAUACGAGCAGCAGUUGUGGCAUACAAAAAUAAUUUAACAUCUUUCUUGGGCAAUUCCAAACCUGUUAUUCCAAGAAGAAAGGCCUCUGGUUUCUUUAUAAAUGUAUAUUUCAACAUUUUUUUCAAUUCAUUAGAAAUCUUUUCCCAGAAGUCUUUCACCUUGGGACAGGUCCACCACAUAUGAUAAAAGGUUCCUUCCUUUUCUUUACAUUUCCAACAUAGAUUGUCACAGUUAUGAUAUAUCUUUGCUAAUUUUGAAGGAGUCAAAUACCAUCUGUACAUCAUUUUCAUUAUAUUUUCCUUUACAUGCGGUGAACUUGACCCCUUUCUUCCACAAUCUUUCCCAGUCCUCAAACAAAGCUGUUUAGGACUUUAAAGGUUGGCACCAACGCUCUUAAUUGUGCUCGGAAAUGUACUGGGAGCCAAUGUAGGAUGCAAAAGGAUGGUUUUGCAGUUGCUCAAAGUGCCAGGGGUGUAUCCUGGUGGUUGUUAACAGUUUGUAUGGAUUAUUGGUACAUAUAACAUUGUCUAUUGGAGGUAUGGCUAACCUGUGGUCUGCCAGAUGUUACUGAGCUGCAGUUCCUGUUGGCCCCAACCAUCAUGGCCAGUAAUCAGGGAUGAUGGGAAUUGUAGUUCUACAGCAUUGUGAGGACCAUGCAUCUGCUACUCCUGAGUUAGAGGAUUUUCCUGGCGUGUGAUGCAGCAAAGUAACUUAAGAUGACCAGGGGCAAAAUUGCACAAGCAUCCUGUACCUUUAAUAAUUGUGUAUAAGAUAGGAUUUCAACAGGUAUACCCCUUUUUUUGCACCUGGCUACCCUACUAGUACUUUGCCUUGGUCUUCCAGCACAAUAGUGGCUGUUAAUAGACUCCAUUGUCAGGCAACAGGGGGUCUUCUGUGCUGAUAAGCGAUUUCUUUUUGGCUUUAGCUGAACAUUCAGCGUACCCAAAAGACGGCUUUUGCUGAUUUCACAGAGGGAGAGAUCAAGUUCAUCCCGACGUACAAAUUCGACUCUAAAACAGAUCGCUGGGAUUCUAGGUAAGCUCCUGCUUGAUAGUUGAGCCUUUGUAAAUAAGUCCUCAAAAUCAUUAGUCUGCAAGGCUUGUUUGUUUUUCCUAGUCUAUUGGGAUGCUAGUAGUGUCCUGCAUUUCCAUCCUCUUGAGCAGGCUAGUAAAAAAAUAUAAUUUAAAAAUUGCUUUCUGCUAAGCAAGCUGGUGGAGGAGGGCUAGAGUUGAGGGCUGGAUGGACUUCCAUUCCUCUGCAGCCAGAAUGGACAUCAAGCAAAGGAGGAAAAGAGAGAUCCAUCUCUCCUUCACCUUCUCACUUUGCUUACAUGGAAUUCCUGGUCGCCAAAGGCUGCUAGGCGAGUUGUUAAAUGCAAGGCUGUGAUACGUUGUCUUGCUCAACCCAUCCCUGCUCAAAGUCUCUGGAAAUGUUUUGGCUCCUUUUCCACAAGCAGCCUUUUUCCCACAUUUGUCCUGAUAACCAGCGUCCUCUGUUUCAUGGUGUGUAUAACCGGUGUUGCGGUUCAUUGAAAGGUGCAGCAGGAAGUGUGAAUUGGGGCUGAGUGAGAAUCCUGAUUGUGUCAAGGAAGUCUGGGAAUUAGACUUGGUGCUCUCUCAAGAUGAGUCUGCCAGGGCAUAAGAACAUGAGAGCAGCCCUGCUGGAUCAGGCCAUUGGUCCAGCAUCCUCUUCUCACAUUGGCCAAUGAGAUGCCUCUUGGGGAGCCCACAAACAGGACCUGAGUGAAGUAGCCCUCUCCCUUCCUCCAAGCCAUGCUGCUGCUGGUGGAGUAUGUUCUGUGGCCAUUAUGGCUAGUAGCCACUGAGCCUCAUCAUCCAUGAAUUUGCAUAUUAUUGUGGUUAUUGACAACUGUAAGAAGCCACCUAGGCCUGCUAGUUUAAUUUCUCUUGCUUGGUUAUGGGGGAAUCAAAAGGACAGACAGAACAUGUAGUGAUGAAGCCAGAAAAUGGCAGGCUCCUUUUGGCAGCAUUUCAGGUGCCAGAAAGGGGUAUUUUUACAUUUCCUGAAGCUUGGAUCACUGAAAAGAUAGCGUAUGAAGAAAAAUAACGGGGACCAUUGCUUUUGGGAGGGAUCAUAAUUCAGUGGUGUGCCAUACGCUUUGUAUGCACAGUCUCAAGUUGAAACUCUAUGGCACCUCCACCUGAAAAAGGAUUGGGCCACAGAAAGCUGCUGCCAGCCAGAGUAGAUUGAUUGUGGAGUUGGAAGGGAUCAUGAGGAUCAUCUAGUCCAACCCCCUGCAAUGCAGGAAUCAAAACUGGGGUAGGUCAGAAAUUCAUUCUGACCUGGUAGAAGGCAGCUUUUGAUUUCCUAACAACUCUCUCCAUGAGGCAAAAUACCUGCACACCUGCAAGGUCUGCCCCUUCUGAAGCUGGACUCCCAAGUCCCAUCAUCUCCAGCUGUUGACCAUGGUCAAGAUCACAGACCGUGUAUGGAGCCAAAGUUUGACUGAGUGAGCCUUGUGUGUUGCCUCAGCCAGUCCAGUAGUCCCGAUGUCUCUCCUGUCUCCUUGCAGUGGGAAGUGCCGUGUGCCAGCAUGGUGUGACCGAAUCCUCUGGAGAGGAGGCAGCGUGAAUCAACUCAGCUACCGAAGCCACAUGGAAUUGAAAACGAGCGACCACAAGCCCGUCAGCUCCCUCUUCCUCAUAGGGGUAACACCUGCCCUGGCCAGGGCUAUCGUCUAUUAAGGUUUUUUUGUAUCCUGCUAGGUGGCACCUCCUUAGAUAUGGGCAGGCCCUGACCACAGAGCUCCUCCUUGACAAAUGCCUUCUGGUGCAAGGAGUGGGCAGGUCUUGGCUCUGUUAAAUCCCUAUGCUUCCAUUCUCCACUGUUCUGAGUACACACUGCUCCUGCAGGCAUGGCAGACCACAUGGGCUGAACUGUACACCUUAACAGUUGGCUCCAUUCAUGCAAUGCAGCUUCUGUGGUACUUGGCUUGGAGCAUUUGGCUUCAACCCAUUAGGUCUGGAAGUUACAGCUGCUGCCAUCCCUGGGGAAGUUCUCAGAGUUACUUGCCUCUUUCAGGGCUGGGAACAGGGUGGUGCAUCAGGCAUUUCUGCUCUUAACACAUACCCCCCCUUUUUUUGAGUCCACAGCCCCAACAAGUGUGCUCUGUUUCCCCCCCACUCCCACCCUUAUAGGUGAAGGUUGUGGAUGACCGACGGUACCGGAAAGUGUUUGAGGAUAUUGUUCGGUUGAUGGACAGGAUGGAGAACGAAUUCCUGCCCUCACUGGAGCUCAGCAGGAGGGAGGUAAAGACGAAUAAGAUCCUCUCCAACCCCUUAAAGAGGGUUUGCUGCAAAAAGACCAGGGGAAAAAGAAGCCUGCUUUAUAUCAUGCCAGGCCCUUGGCCCAUCUAGCUCAGUCUUGUUUACACUGUCAGGGAGCGGUUCCCCAGGAUUUCCGGGGGAUCUCUCCCAGCCCUAGCUGGGGAUAGAACCUGGGACCUUUGCAUGCAAGGCAGAUGCCCUUCCACUGAGCUGCAGCCUCUUCCUGUUCCUCGCAGGGGUAUCCAGUGUGCUGCCCUCCAGAUGUUGGACUACAAUUCCUAUCAUCCCCAGCCAACAUGGCCUGUGGCGAUGGGAAGUUGCAAGUGCAGCAAUAUCUGGAGAGCCCCAGGUGGACACUCUAGAGCAAACGUAGCCACUGUGAGGUGGCAUUUGGACCUGUUGCAUGUGCAGUCCCUUAAAUGAGAACCCGGGGUCAAGGACAAACUUCUCCCUGGAGCACGUUUCCUUGCCGUCUGCUGAAGGCAAGCACUCUCUUUCCUCCCCCCCCCCCCCAAUUUUGCUAUACAGUUUUCGUUUGAGAAUGUGAAGUUCCGGCAGCUGCAGAAGGAGAAGUUCCAGAUCACAAACAACGGGCAGGUCACCCUCCAUUUCUCCUUCAUCCCCAAACUCAAUGACAGCCAGUAUUGUAAGCCAUGGCUUCGCGCUGAGCCCUACGAGGGAUACUUGGAGCCCAGUGAGUCUCUCUCUGGAAUCAUAGAAUUGUAGAGUUGGAAAGGGACCCCAAGGGACAUCUAGGGAAGGCCUUCGUUUCCUUUUCAUCCCCCCUUUUCUCGUCCUCUUCCCAGCCCUCCUCCAUCAAACCUUGGGAGUUUUGUAGAGCAGGGGAGGCUUAACAUUUGUGGGCUAUAUUGCCCCAUGCUCAAGCCUCCAAGGGCCACACGUCAAAGCAGGUGAGCCCAAAGUGUGAAAGUGAGUGUGACCAGCUUUAAACACACACACACGCACAAAUGAAUUGGAGCAAAGAAAUGCUGGAGGGUCCAAAAAAACCUUUUGGCACCACAGGGAACUAGUGAGAGCAGUCCAUCAGAAAAUUACUUUUUUUAAAAAUUGCGUAUUUUUACAUUGUGGAGGCACUAAAAUAUCUUGGGGAACAUAUAGAACUAGCCAAACUUUUAAAAACUCGAUGAAAUGUAAACUAAAAAAGAAAGUUACAUUGGGGGCACAAAAAUCCUUUAGGAAACAAAUAAAUGCUUUCCCUUUUUAUAUUCUUUUGUUGGGAUCACUUUCUCUUACCCCCCAGUACCCUGUCCCCAUAUUCUGUGCAGCUGCUGCUUUGGAGGAAAAGAGAGGAAAGUGGGGUGGGGGUGGGAAUUGAGUAGCUUCUGUUCCUAAUUCUUGAAGUUAAGGUUUCCCACAUAAACCUGUGAGAACAGGAUGCUGUACUAGAUGGGCCAUCGGCCUGAUCCAGCAGGCUCAUCAUGUGUCCUUCUGUUAAAUUAUUCACUAUCUUAACAUCUAAUUUACAAACAAACGAACAAACAAACAACCCUGGCUGUUCCAAAGAUUGUAUCUACCUGACCUCUUCCCAUUUUAGAUGAGACUCUGGACAUUUCCCUGGAUGUGUACGUCAGCAAGGACUCUGUGACGCUUCUCAAUUCAGGGGAGGAUAAGAUUGAGGAUAUCCUUGUCCUUCACCUUGACCGUGGCAAGGACUAUUUCCUCACCAUCAGUGGGAGCUAUCUACCAAGCUGCUUUGGGACCUCCUUGGAAGCCUUGUGCCGGAUGAGGCAGCCGAUUCGCGAAGUCCCCGUCACUAAACUUAUUGAUCUGGUAGGGAAAGGGGUUGAUUUACCUGGCAGGUUCAUUUGCUAAAUAUCUAACCUUCCCACUCUGCUUGCCUGCCUGAAAAACAGCUGCUCUUCCACUCAGAAAUGUGUUUGGUGGGGGUCCUUCACUUCAUUCAUGUGGCUGGUCACUCGCUUCCUGUGUGCUGUUCAUGUUUGCUGUUGACUGAGUCAUCCCAAGUUCUUGUCCUCCCACCUGCCCUUUCGCACGGCCACUAAACCAUGUGCAUUUCCCUGCCAUCUGCCCAGAUACUGUUCAGCGAAUGGGCUGUUUCUUUCUCUUCUUAGGGCCUGUGUCAUUAACAUACUUUGUUGUCUUUUUUCCACUUUUCUUUUGCUCAUGCCUUCCUCCUCUGAUCUCAGGGAGAAGACAGCUUCCUAGAAAAGGUAACAGUUGGUUUGAUAUCUCUCUCGAUGUUCUUGUAGCGGGCUCAAAUCAGGUACAGGCAACUCCCCAUUUACACGGGGGUUGCGUUCCGAGGUACCGUGCGUUUAAAUGAAAUCGCGUAUAUUGGGGACGGCAUUGGAAAAGCCUGCAAACACCCUCUAAACCUCCUGAAACCCCUUUUAAAAGCCUUUUAAAAACCAGCAGCGCUUGCCAGACUCCCUGCAAAACUCCUUGCUCAAACUCCAACUCUCCACAGGCCUCAAAGGUCAGUGCAAAGGCUCCUGGGAGGAAGUCUAGAUGCUGUUUCCAUGCCAUGCUGCUGCCGCUUUUGUGCUGUUGGGGGGGGGGGCAUUUUUGCCCCUUCAAGUGCCACUUCCAGGUUUGCAGCAGAGUGCAUGUGCCUCGAACGCACGUAAAUGGAGUUGCCUGUACUGGAUGGCGCUUGUCAACGAUCAGCAGGUGCUCCAUGCAGUGGCAAACCAGGCGCUACCCCACCAAACUCACUUUCCUCUCGGGCAACCCUCACCUGCCUGCCUUGUUACUCAAAUCCAGUCCAGGUGGUGGCUCUAGCUAUCUGCUUCCUUCUCUUCCCUAGUCUCAGUGUGGCCCUUGUAGAACUCAGCAGAGGAGAACGGAGACAAAACCAGAAUUUGCCAUCACUGCUUGUAACUGAUUUUGCUCUGCUUGACUCUGGGUCCACUUACGAUGGGCAGCAUGGGAGGCAGAAAGCCCAGUCUCAUUAUGCAAACAUCAGCCCCCUCUGGCCCAAGAGCCAGUUUUCUCCUUGUCUCUGUGCUGAGCAACUGCUGCACAGGCUAUGCCACUCUUGCUUACUCUUACCACCUGAGCACUGGCAUUUGGGAAGCAGUAGUGGCUGCUUUGGGGUGGCUCAGGGAAAUGUCACUCCUCUUGAAAUCAGAUAUACUAUUAUCAUAGCCACUUUGGAGACAGUGGUGACUGCCAAUUUGGACAGCUGUAGACAUUUAGAAUCAUGGAGGAUAUGUUUAUCAGUGGCUACCGGUCAGGGCUAUUUAUUGCCACUAUUAUCAUAAACCACAUGCUUUUGAUUACCAGUUUCUGGGGAACAUGAUGGACAGAGUGUUAUUGUCCCCGUGUCCCUAUGGACUUCCCAAGGGCAUGUGGUUGGCCACUGUGGGAACAAAAUGCUGAUCUAACCCAGCAAGGCUCCUGUGUUCUUCAGCAUGUAUCUGCUACUCUUACACUAAGACUCUGAUACAGUAUGUGUCAUUCCCCACACUAAUACACACACUCUCUCUCUAGAGACGGGGGCAGAGAGUAUUGGUGGGGAGGAUGAAUUGGGUCCUAAUCAACAGCUUCCCUGGGGAUGAGAGGAAGUGGAGUUGGGAUCAAAUUCUUCAUCCUUGCCAACUCCUUUUAGGGAUGGGCUGCUUGCCAUUGCUGUGCUCCUAAAGCUCUCUUGCUCCUCUCUUUCUCUUUCUCUUUCUCUUGAACGUGGUAGCUUGAAUUUUAUUAUUACGGUCACAGACCAGUUCCGGCUCACUUACAAUAUCAGGAAAAUAAUAAAACACAACAGGAAUACAUUGAAUUGCAAUUGGGUAUAACAGAGACAAUUCAGAUAUAGCAGCAGUUAAAAAUAUACAUUAAAUCUUGAUCACUAAAAUAUUAACAAAAAUUGUCAUUUAAAACCUUAAUCAUUUUGGUAGUACAGCUUGUUCCCUAAGUUUUAUGGCAGUCGUACAGAAUUUGGCCACCCCUAGCGUGAUCUCUAGAUCCUUGCGGUAGCUUGAGAUAAAACUAACCACCCUGAACAUCUCUGGAAAGGAAGGAGGCAGGAGGUAUUUUUCAGCAGCUGCUGUGUGCUGCAUUGUCCAUACAAAGUAGUGAGCUCAGGCUCCAGCUGUUGUUCAGUCUCCACCACUGCCUCUGCAACGUGCUCUAGAUAAGGGGUGGUGAACAUGUGAGCCCAUCGUCUCAUUAUGCUGGCUGGGGCUGCAGCCCAUCAACCUAUGAAGGCCCAUCCAUGUUCUGCUGUUUUUGUUACUUAUUUCCUGCCCUUCACCCUAAGGUCCCAGGAACAGGUUACAAAAAUUAAAAUAAAAUGUUAGCCAAACCGCAUGUCCACAGCUGCAUAUGUACUAAGCUUCUGGGUGAACUGCACAUCCGGAGUGGGAAGAUUACUAGCUGCAUAUUAAUAGGCAGCAAAAUGGAAGAGUAAUGAAAUCCCCUCUAUACAAGAUUGGAUCCAAAAGUUGACAGAAUAUGCCGAAUUAGAUGGUUUAUCAGAAAAAAUAAAGAAUAAAUCAAAACAGGAAUUUGUUUCUAAAUGGGAGGUUUUCAAAGAAUAUCUGAAAAAUAAAUAUAGUAGUUUAAAUUCUGUUGCAGCAUUCAAGGAACUUCAGUGAUAGUUGCUAGGUAGAUAGAAGAAAUUAGAUUUAUUGAGAAUAAGUUUAAUUAUGAAAAAAAAAUGUGUAUUGGCAAUACGUAAUAUGAAUUUGAAAUAUGGAAUAGACGGGAAGUUGGGUCUUUAGUGUUAAGACCAAUAGAUGUUUUAUUGUUUGCCAAGAAAAUUAUGUGUCUAUGGUUAUUUUUGUAAUUUGUGUGUAAUUUGGUAUUUGUGUUUUUUCUGUUUUUUUCUUGUUGUAUAAAUAAAUAAUAAUAAUUAAUAGGGGAAGGGGGAGCUUGGAUUUGGGGUGUGAGAAAUUUGUUUUUUGUUUUCCCACUUGAGAUGCUUAUUGUGGCUAGGGUCGGGUGAUAUGUCAAUAUAUAUAUAUAUUUUCAAAUCGGCUUGAAGUCUAUAUAGUGAUACUGGUUUCAUAAUUUCUGACCUGGCAAUAUAUUGCAAAUCAUGAUGUGUGUGUGUGUGUGCUAUGCAAAAAACACCAUGUGGGGGGAAACUGUGAAGCCAGAUAAUGCUGCUCUAGAUUCCUGCAGCCCCUGUUAACUCUGCCGGCUCUGCUUUCCCCUGCCCUCCUGCAGGGGGCAGCAAAUCACCAAGAGAGCAGGUGCCAGCAAAAAUCACAAUUCGGGGGAAACCAUUAAGCCUGCAGGGGGCAGCAAAUCACCAAGAGAGCAGGUGCCAGCAAAAAUCACAAUUCGGGGGAAACCAUUAAGCCUGCAGGGGGCAGCAAAUCACCAAGAGAGCAGGCGCCAGCAAAAAUCACAAUUCGGGGGAAACCGUUAAGCCUGCAGGGGGCAGCAAAUCACCAAGAGAGCAGGCGCCAGCAAAAAUCACAAUUCGGGGGAAACCGUGAAGCCAGCCAAUGCCUCUAUCCUUAUUUCAGACAUCCUGAUACACUGGUAUAUUGCAAUGUUUAGCUAGUGAUAUAUUACAACGUUGAAAGCCAGAUAUUGCCUAGCCCUAGUUGUGGCCUCAGAGGGCAAGACUUGUCCACCCAGCUGGAGCAAGGAAAUAAUGCAUACAGGCACACAUUCUGUCAGUCUCUCAUGCCAGUCUCGCUUGUCAUUGGACCUCCAGGAGAAGCAGUUUCUGGAUAUAGUACCCCAGGAUGGUGAUGACUCCACUGAGCGGCCUUUGCACAUACCCAAGGAGAUAUGGCUCUUGGUGGACCACCUCUUCAAGAACGCCUGCCACCAGGUGAGCUGAGGGGGACUGUACCAGGGUGUUGGCUGGAACCAGUACCAGUUUUGGGGUGUGCAGGUCCCAAAUGUCACAAUUUAUUUAUAUCUUAGCUACCAACUCACUCUUACAAACUACUGCCGUGAGUAUAGUGGCACCUUGGUGGAGCGGCAGCGGGUGGGACAUCCAGCAUACAGUAUUCCUUAGAGCAACUCAGAAAAACCCAAGUGUUCACAACCACUGUCUGUCUAUCCCUAGUAAAGCGGCCCUCUGAGACUCGCCACUAGAAGAAGCAGGGAAUGAUUUCACUCUCCCAUUGCCCAAAAUCAUGAGAAGGGUAGUAGGAAUGCUACUGUGGAAAUCAGGCGGGAUAAAAUUCUCAGCCCUUGUGCAAGUGUGGUGUAGUGGUUAAGAGCGGUAGUCUCGUAACCCCGGGAACCGGGUUCGUGUAUCCGCUCCUCCACAUGCAGCUGCUGGGUGACCUUGGGCUAGUCUUUGAAGGCUCUCAGCCCCAAUUACCUCACAGAGUGUUUGUUGUGGGAGAGGAAGGGAAAGGAGAAUGUUUGUCGCUUUGGGACUCCUUCGGGUAGUGAUAAAGCUGGAUAUCAAAUCCAAACUCCUCUUCUUCUCUCCAUUGUUCCAUUCCUUGACUUCACAUUGUGCACCUCAGGGCUGGAUUGUUCUUCAUGCUAUCCAGGAUGUACCCCAUCCUUUCCUAACGCAUGUGUGAUACUCUACUUCUGUCUGGCAGGAGGACCUCUUCCAGACCCCUGGCAUGCAGGAUGAGCUGCAGGAGAUAAUUGAGUGCCUGGACACCAGCAUUCCCGAAACGAUCCGUAUCCUUGUUUAGCUCUUGGCUGGAGUGGACCUCACUUUUAUAUACAGUGGUACCUCGGGUUAAGUACUUAAUUCGUUCCUGGAGGUCCGUUCUUAACCUGAAAUUGUUCUUAACCUGAAGCACCACUUUAGCUAAUGGGGCCUCCUCCUGCUGCCGCGCUGCUGGAGUAGGAUUUCUGUUCUCAUCCUGAAGCAAAGUUCUUAACGUGAAGCACUCUUUUCUGGGUUAGCAAAGUCUGUUAUCUGAAGCGUUUGUAACCCAAGGUACCACUGUAAAAACAAUCAAAAUGGAAUGCCCACAGUGAAGUCCAGUCAUGCAUCCAAACAGCUUAACAGCUUUAACCCCCAUUUGAAAACAUCAGCCUGGCUAGAUAGAGCAGAGGUGGGGAAUCUUGACAGGCCUGCAGGCCCCGCAUCUAGCAUCAUACAUGGUAUCAGGUGUGGAGACAGGUAAAGACAUGGCUGCAAAGGAGCUUCAAGGGGGCGUUCAAUUGUUCUUUGGCAAGCAGGGUUUGUUGACCACACUUUUGAAGUUGACCACUAUUAUUUGCUGUUUGGAUUGAAACCAUGCCUGCAGAUGGACAUUUCCUCUGCAGAUCAGCUUUGCAGGCAGCUUCGUCAAGAGGGGAGGUGUGGGAAAAUUACAGUGGGAUGGCUUAGUUGGUAGAGCGUGGCACUCUUAAUCUCAGGGCUGUGCGCAAAAAGGGGGGGCUCUCAAGGUGGGCCCAGAUGUAUAAGGACAAAACUACUUGCUUUGGACCAGCCUAGGAAGGAGGCAGGGUGCAGGUAACAGGAUAGAACCCUUUCCUUGACAGGCUGUCAAUAGCUGGCAGUAACCACUCUGUGGCCGAAGCUCUGCUCAUCUUCCUGGAGGCACUGCCAGAACCAGUCAUUUGCUAUGAACUGUAUCAGCGCUGCCUUGAGUGCUCACAUGACAGCCGCCUCUGUCGCCAGGUAGGCCCCAGAGCCCAUCUCUUCCUGGCUGGUCUGCAUUGUGUACAGAAGCAUAGAAUCAGAAGGGAUUUCAAAGGUCAUCUAGUCCAAAUGCCGCAGCAAGUAACAGGGAAUCCACUAAAGCAUCCCUGAAAGCCAGUAAACCGGCACACUGGCAGGAGGGUUAGUCUGGUCUGGGAAGCCUUGUUAACUGCAGAGGCUGCUGAAUGUUGACAGUGGAUGCUCUUGGAUUAACAUGGUAGCACAGGGGUUGAUGUCUCCUUUGAUAACCAUCCCUCUCGGUUGUGGGGGGGGGGGGCGGUGCGUGCACGUGUUGCCUUUUUGCUUUCUGACAAGGAGUUGUAACAAUAACCCACCUGUUUCAGUGAACCUCGCUUGAAUUUCCAACACAGGAAAUGGCCAUAUACCACUGGGCCAUCUGGCUCAGUAUUGUCUAAAUUGAUAACAACAACAACAACAACAACAACAACAACAACAAUAAUAAUAAUAAAUUGUAUUUAUACCCCGCCCUCCCCAGCCAAGGCUGGGCUCAGGGCGGCCAACAAUCAAUAAUAAAAAUGAGUUGAAUGAAUACAACUUAAAAACAAGAUUAAAAUACAACAUUAAAACAAUUAAAAUGCAGCCUCUUCACAGGAGGAGAAAAGAAAAAGGGGGGAGGGAAUCAAAUUGACUCCAAGCCAAAGGCCAGGCAGAACAACUCUGUCUUACAGGCCCUGCGGAAAGAAAUCAGAUCCUGCAGGGCCCUGGUCUCAUGAGGCAGAGCGUUCCACCAGGCCGGAGCCAGUGUUGAAAAGGCCCUGGCUCUGAUUGAGGCUAAUCUAACUUCCUUAGGGCCCGGGACCUCUAGGCAGUGGCUCUAAGUAGUGGCUCUCAAGGAUUUCAGACAAGGGAUGUUCCCUACCCUACCUGGAGAUGCUGGGAGUGGAACCUGAGACUUUCUGCAUGAAAAGCAGGUGGUUUACUGCAGAGCUAUGGACCUUCCCCCAAGAUAUCUCAGUUGGUAGAGCAUGAGACUCUUCAUCUCAGCAUCAUGCGUUCGACCCCCACAUUAGGCAUUGCAGAGGGGGGUCGAUUAGUUAACCCUCAUGGUCCCUUCUGACUCUACAAUUGUAUUAUUCCCCAAAGUUCCCAUCAGAGUUCUAGUCCAGUUACCAUUUAAAAAAUUCCUUUUUUUUUUAAUGCCAGGUCUAAACCUGCAAACAUAAAAAGUACACUGUGCUAGUGAUGCAUGCCCCUCCUCCACCCAAAGCUCUGCAUGGAAGCUCCAAGCUGACUUCCCCUGUCUUGCAGGUGAUCUGCCAGUUGCCACGGUCGCACCGGAACGUCUUCCGCUACGUGAUGGCCUUCCUGCGGGAGCUGCUGAAAUACUCCGAGAGCAACAACGUCAGUGCCAAUAUGCUAGGUAAGGCCUGCCUGUCCUGGCUGGGAGCUGGUCUUCCUCCUGCUUCCGCCUCCUCUCACGCUAAUGUUUUCGCUUCUCUGCAGCCACCCUCUUCGCCAGCCUCCUGCUACGGCCUCCGCCCAACGUUCUGUCGAAGCAGAGCCCACAGGAGCGCCAGCGUGCCAUCGGCUUCCUCCUGGGCUUCCUGCUGGGGGCGGAUGACUACUAAAGGUGCCAAGCGUUGGCUCCACGCCAGCAGCGAGGCAGCCUGGAGAUGAAAUGGGGAGGGAAGAGGCAAGGCCUAGCCUCUGUUCUCUGGUGCCACGGAGGUGAAUCGAUUUCCUGCCUUUCCCAUUGUGCCAUCGUGCCAUGUGCCAGCUCCCUUCCCUGUGCUUCGCCCUUUCCACUUUUUCCUCUUGACUCCUGACACAGUUGAACACUUGGUUUUCCACAUGGUUCCAGGGCAUUGGCAGGUUAAUGGUGCUUUGGGAGGGACCUUGUUGGAGGACAGUCAUUCCCCUGCCCAUCCUACCACUACUGCUGCUCUCAGUCCCUGUGCAGUAUUCCACUCCCUCCCCUUCUGCUGCAGCUGAGCAUGUGAUACUCUUGGUGGGUACAAGGCAUAAGGAUUCCUAGCCUGUCCUGGAGUUGCAGGGCAUCUUUCUCUGUCCUCGUCCCCCCAGCGUUGAUGCUGGUCAAGAAGGGGCAGGGCACCCACUGUGGCCCACAUACUACUUAGCCUGCUCUGUGUAGUUCAGAUAUCUGUCCCCAUUCUGCCAAGUAGAGUGUGUGACGCAUAUUCAUAGUCCUACCAGUCAUCCCUGUCCCCCAGUUCUAGGGUGUUAAUUCUUCAUGAAACACUAAGCACUGCCUAAAGGGAUCAGGGAGGAGGAGAGGGCACAGGCUGGGCAGCAGGAGGGGAGCUGAGGCAGUGGGUACAGCUGGGUUGGGUUGGGCUCCCCACCCGACCCAAGUUCUGCAACUUUGUCUUUUUGGUUUUCUGUCCUGGAUACCUGUACUUCGUGCACUCUCUCUCUUUUUUAAAUUGUAUAAUUUAUUGGAAAACUGUUGUUUCAAAAUAAAAUAUCCAUUGUGCAAA